AUGAAGCGCGCUCUUUACUCGCGUUUCAAAUUUGAUGCCAAUUUUUUGAGCGAAAGUGGGCUAGACUUGGCUGUGGAGAAAAGAACAUUAGGCCCAGCUUUAGGAGUAAAAAAGAAGAAGCCAAGUUUUCCCUCGCUAAUCUGCGCGCUGGAGAGUGAGUAG